AAGAGACAUUUGUGUCCCUGAUGAUAAGGAAAAAUGUCUGGAACAGUGGGAGCCCUAAUCAUAUUAUUUUACAGUAUUGCAGAGGUAUCACAAUCUGUCCACGUGAACCUCACAGCCACUGUCGGACAGAACGUCACUCUGCCAUGUCGAGCUCCAAACAACAAGGUGAUCGGAGUUGUAGAGUGGAACAGAGCUGACCUGGAGGAUCAGUAUGUGUUUUUGUUCCUGGAUGAUCAUACUGAUGCAGCCAAUCAGCAUCCAUCUUUUAAGGGCCGGGUGGAUCUGCAGGACAGACAGAUGAAGGAUGGAAAUGUGUCUUUGAUUCUGAACAAUGUGAACAUUAAUGACACUGGAACAUACGAGUGUCGUAUCAAGACAGGAACAAAUCGCAAGAGGAGAGCUCAUCUGAAGACCGACCCCAUCAGCAUCAUCUACCUGAGUGUUGUUGAUCCUCCAGGUCAGCCAGGAGGAACUGCUGGACGGACAGUUGGUCUGUCGGUGUUUGCAUUCUUGUUGCUGUUCUACGUUUGAAUUUAAAAAAAUUUAAAAAAUAGAAAACAUCCUCUUGGUGGUAAGUUACAAGUUCAAAUGUUUCACGUCUGUAAAUGUCCUGCUGGUGUGAUCAUGUCACCAAGCUGAAUGACUGAUCUGAGGACGGAAGAAUUUCCAGAUUCAAAGCACAUCGUGAAUGUUCCCUGUGAACCUCAAUAACUAUAGAAAAGACAUGUUGUUGAGGGUGUUAACAAAGUUUCAAGGAUUUCUGCUCCCAACUGUGCAGAGAAAUAUAUGUGACAUCUGGAUAAGGUUGGGUUCAGUGCUUUUCUUUG